AUGGACGCCUUUUCUUGGACGCCUCCCGGACCCACGGAUUCGCGAUCGCCGUGCCCUGCUCUUAACACGCUCUCCAACUACCAUAUCUUACCGCACAAUGGGAAGAAUAUCUCCCUAGGCCAGCUCGUUUCUGGACUUCGGGUCGCCUACAACCUGUCUACGCCCCUCUGCUACAUCCUAGCCCUGACCGGUCUCAUCGCUUGCGGCACCUUCCGCUUCGUCGGGCUCGCACCCUCCUGGACUCUCGACCUCGAGAACCUCGCGCUGCACAACCGCAUCGAACACGACGCCUCCAUCGUUCACGCGGACGCGGCCCCCCACGCCAAAUACGCGCCGCGUCAGGUCGACCCGACGUUAUACCACGAGUUUGUCGCCUCUUGUCCGCCGGGUGGGAUGACGAAGGAGGACUUCGUUCGGGCUCGCGUCCGUCGCGAGCUCACGCUCAGCAAGCCUCUGAAUCUCUUCAGAUCUAUCUUAGCGGCGUCGGAGGCCGUCUCGGCCUUCGACCGUGUCCGAGAUCCCCAAACGGGGACUUUCACGAAGGAGGGGCUAGAGGCAUGGUUUGGGGAGAACCGUUUUCCCGCUCAUUGGCACGUCCCGGAUGAGGUGCAGACGGUCCGCUCUAUUGCCUCUGAGACGACGCAGUUCCGCAAGGAGGUCGAGGAGGGGCGGAAAGCCGCGCAGGCAUCCAUAUGA